GCAAAUGUAUAUUUUUGUAUUUUGUUACAUUCGUAAGUGACUCCAAAUUUUUAUUUUUGAUAUUAAUUUUUCAAGAAAAAGCCUGGGCGCAAUCAAACACAACUUGAAGUAAGUUAAAGUGAGGAUGACUGAAAUUUUCCCAUUGAGUGGUUGUCCCAAAUACUUCAUUCCAACGGGAACAGCUAACUUCUGUGAAAAGAUUAUCGACGAGAUAAUUGACGAUAUUUUCUUCUCAUAUGAGCGGGAAACUGAUUCGGAAAAAUGCAUCCCCACUAUACUGAAUAUGAAUUGCUUUGUGCAACGUUUGUCGCCCGGAGAAAAAAUAGCUCUGGUGGAUGAAUUCGUUAGCCGUAGAUUCAAAAAGAAGUCAAUCGCAUAUUUUAACGAGAUAUAUGGAGGCGAUCAGAUUCAUUGCGAUUAUUUUAGUUUAAAGCCGACAUGUUUCCUUAUGCUAGGAGGGCCAAGCUCACAACGUUAUAAUGCAGCGAAACUUUUCGCCAAGGAAACCAAUCGUGUUCAUUUGGACGUAGUCGAUUUAGUAAACUUGGAAAUGGCUUCUGGUUCAAAGUGUGGAAAUUGGAUUUAUGCCAACAUGUCAGCGGGGAAGCAUAUCCCUAUUUCGAUUAUUUUAUCCUUAGUACGGGCUGCUGUGAAACAACAUCUUGUGCAAGAACGGGGUUAUGUUCUAUCGGGGUUCCCUAUAAUUCCUGAAGCUGACUUUUGCUCAGAUGUGUUCCCAAAGCUUCUCACGGAAAUCGAGGAAGACUUCAGAAAGCCACCCGAAGAUUUGGUUUUCGAUUGGACCGUAAACAAUCCAGAGGCUGUGCAUAUUAGAGGAUUCGCUGGAAUUCUUCCAAAAUUUAACACAUAUGCAGAGGAAGCCGAACUCACCGUUGAAGCGGAAAAACGUGACAGUUUGGUUUUAUCUCUCGGUACAACGAAAUCCAGUACCGAAAGCUUCCAAACAGAGGAGGAAUCAGCAGUUGAUUUAUCAACAAAUCUAUUGCGGCUUUUCCAGCAGAACACAGAGUGGAGCUCAUCAUAUAUAGAAAGUGAAUACUUCGAAAGCAUUGCAAACAACCCUAACUUAAAAUUACGUGUAUAUGAAGAAGAUGUAAUUAGUUCAGUCCGGAAGCAGCUCAAGUUUCUGAUGCAUUUGGAAUUGACACCUGAUGUUAUAUUUUUUAUCAGGGACAGAGACCCGGAACUUAGCAAACUUGGACGCUACGGAGAUAGUUUAUAUUUCAAAAAAACAUUAAUAUUUGAACUGGACUCAACGAGCGAAAAUAGAUGCUUCCCUUCGUAUACUGACUUAGAAGCGAUUCACCGUGGUCGUUACUUCAAAUGUCUUCCUGAAAUAGGCAAAAUGAUUCAACAUUAUUCCAAAGCAAAUGUUGUCAAGGUUGAUAGUCGAUUUUCCGUUCACGAGAUGGUGAAACAGUUCAAGACCGCAACGGCCUUUACCAACUAUAAAGUCAUACACAACGCCGAACGCAUUAUCCCAAGUAGCAGCCUAUCAGCGAAAAUGUCCACUCUACCCCUGGAUCAAUAUCUGGAUAUCUUAUGUGAACAUCGCUGCAUACAACCGAAUUUGAAAUGGAUGAAACCAGCCAUGGGGACGUUAUGCCCAGUAAAGCUAACUGAGGGUAAAAUGACGCAAGGAAAGGCGGAGUAUGCUGCGAGGUAUUUGGGACGCAUAUUUCUGCUUUCUUCUCCACGCGCUCUGGAUAAUUUUAUGGCUAAUCCAAAAAAGUAUUUCUUUAGCAAACCAAACUGCAGAGUUGCCAUAGUUAGCAUUGAGUCAAUGCGAUUUGGAGCAAUUUCUAAUGUUUUUAAGCACCUUUUUCAUGCUGAACAGUUCAGUUGGCGAAAAUCCAUAGGCGAAUCUGCCAAGGAGGAAGCAAGAGAUAUUUACGCGGAAGCUGUGAGCUGGGCUUCGACUGUUUUUAGCAUGCAGCUGGAGAGCAUUAGCGCCGCCACGGUUUUCACCCAGGAGAAUUCAACGUUGUCACUGGAUGCAGUUUUAGAAAAAUCUGUAGAAAUACAACAUAUUUCAAACAUUACGCAAAACUGGAAUGCUCUGUCCCCGAGUAGCAACGCUGUGAGACUGGGAACUUCGUUAAGAGACACCGCCUUAAGUUCAGCUGAAAUUCAAGAGAAUACAACAUUACAAGUACUCAAUCCUAGCCUCACGGCAAAUCGUAAGGCAAUUCUAGACAAACUUAUUGAAUAUAAAUUCAAUCAACUCUACAAGGAGAAGUAUCCAACUAAGAUAGCUGAUGCAGCAGUCAAGUGGAUAAAACUCCAAAGUAAAACGCAAAAUAGACCAGACAAUGGAGAGAGAUUUUAUGCACAAUGGAUUCUGGAAGAUGUACCAAUUCAUUUGGACUUCUGGGAAAAACUAGCAGCGAAUCAUUGCCUCCCUGACAUUGUUCUUCUUCUUCAGGACGACGGAUAUUCAGAUUUUAAAAGUUAUGAUAUGGCGGAUUUUUUUCUUCAUUCUGACAGUAUCGAGAAAAUUUCCGCGAAAAUCAGACACUGUUUUCCUUGGCCCAAUAGCGAAGCCGACAAGAUCGAUUUAGUUGAAGUUGUUGCAAGCACUAUGACACAAGAAGGGAGUCCUUUGAAUUUUGUGCUUCCGUUUUUAUUUCAUAAAGCUGAAGAGGACUACUUCGGGGAAUCGGAAAUGGAAAUUGAUGAGAAAACGAAAGUUGUAGACGACCUGAGUAAUUAUUUGGCUAACUCACAUAUUCCGCUGGUGGUAAGCCAGAAAAAAGGACAAAGUGGAGCGUUCGAGUUAUUACUGAAUUAUUUGACCCUGUUUAGGCAAAAACCGAAAGGUCUAAAUGGAGAAGACAUUGAAAAAUUGCGGGAGAUAUGCGAAAAAUCGUACGACCUGAAUCCAAAAUUGCCGAGUAAAUGUUUCACAGAUUACCAGUCUGUGUACAAGCUCGAUGUAGGGUACAUGAGAAAAGGCGUGAAAUUCGAAUACGAUAGGCAGAUGAGGAAUUACAACUUUAUACAUUUUAACCAAGAAGAAAUCGAUGAGGAAAGUGAUGAGGAGGUUGUAGUGGAGGAGGAGGUUGAUCCUGCUCUUGAUAUUGACUUCCUCUCUGAAAGAAAUAUCAAAAGCAUGGAAGAGAAGGGGUCCUUAUCCCAAAUUUCAUACGGAAAUACCGGCAAGUAUUGCCCCGUUGAGCUCGAAGAAAAUCAAAGGUUACAUCUAGGCAGCAUAGAAUACACGGUGGAAUAUGGGAACAAACUGUAUAGUAUGAGUUCUUCACAGACAUAUGAGCAAUUUAUGAGAUGCCCUUUGCGAUAUGUCUGUGACCAAGAGCCUCCUCCCAUCCCACCAUUUAGAAUUUGCGUCAUUGGCCUUGCCGGACGAAACCGAAAUAGCUUCGCCAAAUUCCUUGCUAAUAAAUUGAGUGUGAAGCAUAUUCGUUUCACAAAACUCAUGGCACACUUUCUGCAAAGACAAUAUCCAGAAAACAGCGCUAUCCUGGAUACUGAAGAGGAGGUAUACGACCAUUAUGGGGUACAACUUCUACGAAGCGAUCUGAGGAAAUACUUCGACGAGGGUGUAAUUCUGGAAGGGUUUCCAAAUAAUAAGAAGCAAAUGGAAGAUAUGGUUCGGAACAAACUGAUUCCCGAAUUAAUGUAUAUUGUUGAUGGUAAUCCACAAGAGAUUCUUUAUUACGGAUUCAUCGAGCGCCAACUUCGCUGGCAAAAACAAUUAGAAUUUAAAUGUCAGCAAUAUCUGAAAAAAGUAGGAGAGCUGCAAAAAAAAUCGUCUGAAAAACCCGAAAGACGCAGAAUGUCAGAAUAUCUAAUGCGACAGUCCAUCGAUAUUAAGGCUCAGUUGAAUACGCUGAACAAACGAAUAAGGCUAACUCAAGAAGAAAUUUUAGGUGAAGAAGAAUUUCCUCCCGAUGUUCAGGGAAUUGAGAAUGUCCAGUCCAUUCAGCUUUCGGCUAAGGAACAAAUUUCAAAAAAGUCCAGUCUACCAACAAAAAUGGACGCAGAGCUUGAAAUAUUCUCCAACGAACCUGAUGAAAGCAACUGGGAGGCAGACUCAGGAGAGGGUGAACUCGAAGAGCAAGAAGAAAUCAACGACAUCCCUGAAAAUCCUCUACCAAGUAAGGUGGAGCGGCUGAAAAUUACACAAAAUAUAAUGAAAACGACGAAAAGAGCAAUGACCCCAGAAUUAGUUGAACUGAAAGAAGUUAUCAAAAUGUGCAUUGACAAUUCCAUCCCCGUGCUGAACAUCCCAAGUUGUUGCUCAACCCGAAGUGAUCAUGGUUUCACCGGAAGUAGCUGA